UGCUUUUUUCUCCUUUCGAUAAUUAGAUCUACUUUACUUGUUUUUUAAGUGUAUUACUAAGGACGCCAAACAGACUAUUGUAUUUUUUUUUAUACAACACUACGACACAGUAGUCUAGUCUAGGCAUUAAAUAAACACUAACAGGCCUGUUAUUACUAGAUCUAAGAUCUAGAUCGAGCUAUAAAUUAGUGGUAAUCUAUCGUUCUAGCAGUGUUUGCGAGCAGGAUUAGCUAUAUAAAAAGCGGCCAUCUGUAGAAUACAGUGGCUUCCCCUGAAUCUUGCGCUCUAAGUUUAUCUAGUAAUCUAGUAAUGUGAAAAACAGUUUAAAAUAUCUUUAACCCAAUACUCAAGGAUGCCCAACCAUAAAAUGAGAAAAAAUGAAUUACAUAACAUUAACAAACAACAAUCAAAUAUUUGGCAACCAGGCUCUAAGCUGUACACUGAUAAAUUUAAGGACAGCAUUCAAGGAAAUGCAUUAUUUUUUUCAACACAUAGAUUGAAUAGUAAGGAAACAUGUAAUGAACAUGGUAGUAGGCCAAUAGAAGUAAGUCAAAAGGAUAAUCUACAUGAAAGCUGUGAACAAGAGAUAAAAAGAAGACUGGAGAAAGAAACUGAGUUAAUCAACCAAGUAACCCAGCUUAAUAAGCAACUAGGUGAAAAGCAGAAGCUCUUGAUUUUGAAAGAAGAGGAAAAUAAAAAAUUAAAAGAAAGAAUGUUGCAACAGGAGAAAGAUUUAAAUAGUCAUCUGAUUGCAGAAAAAGCACAACAUAAUUUAACAUUAACUUCCCUUCAAGAAACCAUAUCAACAUUAGACCAGACUAAAGUAAAGUUAACAACCAUCAUAGAUGAGCAUAAUGACCAGGUCAAUAUACAAAGGAAUCAGUUUGAAUUGUGUUUGUUGGAGAAAGAUGCUGUUAUUGCUGACAGAGAACAAAAGCUCUCUAGACUUAGAUGUCAGAUGGCAGAUGCUCUUAAAGGCAAUUCUUGGGAACGGCAGCAGCAGUUGGAUGAAAUGCGAAAAGAACUUUUACACGCUCAGGAAGAAAAUGAUACUUUACGAAUGAAAAUGAAAAUCAUAACUAACAAUAAAAAGUGUCCAAGCUGUGAGGAAAAGCAACUAGAAAUAUGAAGGGAGGCAUAAAAUGGUAAAAGAAGUUUAGAACAUACAACUAUGUAUUGAUUUUGAAAAAAUAACAAAAGUGGUUUUCAUUUGUUUAUUCUCAG